UGAAGAGAGGAAAUAUCCUCGAGUUAUUAUUGAUGAAAUGUUAAAUGUCUGAGAACGUUUGACAGAAGAAUGUUCACUGAUAAUAACCGUGGAAAAAUCGGUACAGUGGCAUUCAGAUUUCAACAAAUAGCAAUAUACACUAUUUCAACGUUUCCUCUGAAGCGCCAAAUCCAAGAUGGCGACCUUUUCAGCAUGUUCCAGCUUUCGCGUCACAUUUCUGCUGUCUACGCGAAUUCUACGGAGCAAUAACAUUCGCUGUUUUAGCUCAAAUAUCGACAGCACAGACGAUGGAGAAAUACCAAAAGCUGCGAGUUCACAAAUGGUUCCGGCCUCUAUAUUUCACGAUGAUUUAGUUAGCAAGUUUGUCAACUCAAUGAUGUAUGAUGGGAAAAAAUCAUUGUCACAAAGAAUCAUGCUGAAAACAUUUGAAUGCAUCAAGAAAAAACAGCUAGCUUUAAAAUUAUCUGAUAAGAAAUCGGACGAAGUUCAGACAGAUCCUCUUGCGAUAUUUCACACAGCGAUGGAAAAUGCUCAGCCUGUAGUGGGAGUUCAACCCAUCAAAAAGGCAGGAAAAACAUACCAGGUUCCAACGCCGCUAACACCAAACCGUCGACGAUUUCUCGCAAUCAAAUGGCUCCUAGGCGCAGCAAGAGAUAAACCCGGACCAAGGCAUGCCAAGAUGUACGAGAAGUUAUGUCAAGAAAUCCUGGAUGCCUUCAACGACCAGGGAACGGUCGUUCAGAGAAAACGAGAACUUCACAAACUCGCCGAAAGUAACCGGGCUUUCGCGAAUUUCAGAUGGUGGUGAUUGAAUGUACGCUUUGUGGGCUGGAAAAAUUUGGCGGAAAUGUUCGAAAAUUUAUCGAAAAUGUGAAUCGGGUCAUUCGGAUGGCGCAAAACGAAGCAGUCACUGAAGUUGAUAGCGGGUCCUUCUUCGCAAAUUCAAAUUACUUGCUUCGCAAAACAAAAGGUCUUCGGAGAAAAUCCUAAAUUCUCGAAGAAAAUGCGAUGCGUGGGAACUCAAUAAAAUGUCAUAUAAAACCUUGUGCUUUUUUGUUGUAAAGUUAGCCUACGGGACAAUAAAAUGUC